GGCUGGAUUUAUGAAUGGAGAGCGGCCAGCGUGCCGGAACAGCGGCUCCUGGCGGCCGUCGGGGAGCGUCGCGGCCCUGGGGACCCAGAGGGGGCCCCGCAGGGGGCGUGGACGCCCCCAUUGCUCCCGAGGGGUCAUCAGUCCCUCCCCGAACCACCCCGACUGUGUGGUGUGUGUGCACGCGCGCGCCCACCGGAGGGUCUGGCAGGUCUGGCAGGUCUGGCGGGUGGGGUUUGAGUCUCUAACACCUCCAUUGACCCUUUUUCCCAACCCAAAAUUAAAGCCUGUGAACUGGCUCAAGAAACAUUUGAAAUCGGGAUGGCUUUUUUCUCCUAAAUCUAUGGUGUUUGGUGGGUUUGGACAGACGUGGCUUAGGAGCUUUGUGACCUUGAGCAAGGGACUCAAUCUCCCUGAGCUUCCGUCUCAUCUGCAAAGCAGGGUACCCUAAUAAGAGUAGCCGGAAACAUCCCCCAAACCACCUUCUUGUGCCAGGUUCUUGGUGAGGCAUUUGGCAUGCACCAGAGUUCAUUACUCCUCAUCUCGGCCCUGUAAGGUAGCUAGGAUUAUCACCCCAUUAGAUGGAUGGGGAAACCAAGGCUGAAAGAGGCCAGGUAAGUUACCUAAGGCAACUUCUGUGGAAUUGGGAUGCAACCCAGGUCUGUCUUCAUCAAUUUAAUGACUGUGAGAAUUAAGAGGAAACUUAUAUGGAAAGUGCCUGCCACACUCCCUCAUGUUUCCUUCCUUCCCUCUUUCCCCACUCCUUUCUUUCCUUCCUCCCUUCAGGAAGUUUGGGGCUGAAACCCCAAAAGACCUGGGUGCAAGCUUCCAGAUACCCUAAGGGGCGCCGGCUAAGGGCUGGUCCAGGGUUCCCUCCUCUUCCUCCACAGAGCCUAGGAUGCCUCUCUGCUGCCGCACCUCCUGAACUCAUGGAGCCCUCAGCCACCCUAGGGGCCCAGAUGGGGGUCCCCCCUGGCAGCAGGGAACCGUCCCCUGUGCCUCCAGACUAUGAAGACGAGUUUCUCCGCUAUCUGUGGCACGAUUAUCUGUACCCAAAGCAGUAUGAGUGGGUCCUCAUCGCAGCCUAUGUAGCUGUGUUCCUCGUGGCCCUGGUGGGCAACAUGCUGGUCUGCCUGGCCGUUUGGCAGAACCACCAGAUGAGGACAGUCACCAACUACUUCAUCGUGAACCUGUCUCUGGCUGAUGUCCUGGUGACGGCCAUCUGCCUGCCAGCCAGCCUGCUAGUAGACAUCACUGAGUCCUGGCUCUUUGGCCAUGCCCUCUGCAAGGUCAUCCCCUAUCUACAGGCUGUGUCCGUAUCAGUGGCAGUGCUGACUCUCAGCUUCAUCGCCCUGGACUGCUGGUAUGCCAUCUGCCACCCGCUAUUGUUCAAGAGCACAGCCCGGCGGGCCCGUGGCUCCAUCCUGGGCAUCUGGGCUGUGUCACUGGCUGUCAUGGUGCCCCAGGCUCUAGUCAUGGAAUGCAGCAGUGUACUGCCCGAGCUAGCCAACCGAACAUGGCUCUUCUCUGUCUGUGAUGAACAGUGGGCAGAUGACCUCUAUCCCAAGAUCUACCACAGCUGCUUCUUCGUUGUCACCUACCUGGCCCCACUGGGUCUCAUGGCCAUGGCCUAUUUCCAGAUAUUCCGCAAGCUCUGGGGCCGCCAGAUCCCCAGCACCACCUCAGCACUGGUGCGGAACUGGAAGCGGCCCUCAGACCAGCUGGGGGACCUGAGUGAAGAGCCCCAGCCCCGGGCCCGCACCUUCCUGGCUGAAGUGAAGCAGAUGCAUGCGCGGAGGAAGACAGCCAAGAUGCUGAUGAUGGUGCUGCUGGUCUUCGCCCUCUGCUACCUGCCCAUCAGUGUCCUCAAUGUCCUUAAGAGGGUGUUCGGGAUGUUCCGCCAAGCCAGCAACCGCGAAGCUGUCUACGCCUGCUUCACCUUCUCCCACUGGCUGGUGUACGCCAACAGCGCUGCCAACCCCAUCAUCUACAACUUCCUCAGCGGCAAAUUCCGGGAGCAGUUUAAGGCUGCCUUCUCCUGCUGCCUGCCUGGCCGGGGUCCCUGCGGCUCUCUGAAGGUCCCUAGUCCCCGCUCCUCUGUCAGUCACAAGUCCUUGUCCUUGCAGAGCCGAUGCUCCAUCUCCAAAAUCGCUGAGCAUGUGGUGGUCACCAGCAUCACCACAGUGCUGCCCUGA